AUGUCCGACGACGACGAUUUCAUGCACGAUGACGACGAGGAAGAGGAAGACUUUGACUUUGACUACGAGGAUGAAGACGAAGAGGAGCCUGAUGCCGACCUCGAGAAUAAAUACUACAGCGCCAAGGGACACAAGGAGGACGACCCUGCGGCAGCAUUGAAGGAAUUUAGAGCGGUCGUGGCAGCGGAGGAGGAGAAGGGGGAAUGGGGGUUCAAGGCGCUGAAGCAGAUGGUCAAGAUAUCGUUCCUACAGAGCGAUUACCAGGCGACAUUGAAAUACUACCACGAGCUCAUAACAUACAUCAAGAGCGCCGUGACACGGAACUACAGCGAAAAGAGCAUCAACAACAUCCUCGAUUUCGUGUCGGUGUCGAAUGAUAUGGCGUUUUUGGAAGAGUUUUACUCGGUCACGUUGGCGACGUUGGAGGAGGCGAAGAAUGAGCGGUUAUGGACCAAAACGAAUCUGAAGCUGGCAAAGCUGUGGUUAGACCGGCAGGAAUAUGGACGACUGAACAAGAUCUUAAGGCAGCUCCACCGAUCAUGUCAAAACGACGACGGAACCGAUGAUCAGAAAAAGGGGACCUUACUCCUCGAGAUUUUCGCCUUGGAAAUCCAGAUGUACACCGAAACGAAAAACAACAAGAAGCUGAAAGCUCUAUACCAACAAUGCUUGCACGUCAAGUCUGCCAUUCCACAUCCUCGCAUCAUGGGCGUCAUUCGCGAAUGUGGCGGCAAGAUGCACAUGGGAGAAAAGGAGUGGGAGAAAGCACAAGUGGAUUUCUUCGAGGCGUUCAAGAACUAUGAUGAGGCAGGAGAUCCACAACGUAUCCAGUGUCUAAAAUACCUAGUCCUAGCAAACAUGCUAAUGGAGUCCCAAAUCAACCCAUUCGAUUCCCAAGAAACCAAACCCUACAAAAGCGACCCACAAAUCGUCGCCAUGACCGACAUGGUCAACGCCUACCAGCGCAAGGAGCUGCCCGAGGUCGAAAAGAUCCUGCGCACCAACAAGGACACCAUCCUCGGCGACCCGUUUAUCCGCACCUACAUCGACGAUGUGCUUAAGAAUAUCCGCACGCAGGUGCUGAUUGAGCUUAUCAGGCCGUAUACGAGGAUUGAGCUUGCUUUUGUGUCUAAGCAACUGAAUAUAUCAACGGACGAGGUGGAAGACCUCCUCGUGAAUCUGAUCCUGGACAGCAAAGUCGACGGCCGGAUUGACCAGGUCAAUCAGCGGCUCGAGUUGCAUUCACAGUCCACGAACACACUGCACUACAACGGCCUAGAUAAAUGGUCCAAGAACGUGGGCGGGCUGUACACGUCGUGCAUACAUAAAGUGACCGUCAUCUAA